AUGAACAGUUCAUGCCGUCUCUGUGGGCAACGUGGCCACUGGAAGGCAGAGUGCCCUAUGCGUGGCACUUCAACAGGUUCAGCACCUUCGACAUCCGGUGGUAACACAGCACCCACCACAACUGUGAUAGCUGAUUCAGAAGCCAUGGACAGCUUGCCACUCGAGUUCGUGAGUAGUGCCCGGUCCAGUGAUGCGCAUCCGAUUCCGUGUACAGAUCAUCCAGACGUGCAGUGUGCUCUGUUUGCAACCCAUGGCACUCACGGUGUUUUAGACUUAGGAGCAUCGAAGACGGUGAUUGGAUCCAAUCAUGUUGCCGAUCUUUUGAAUGGCUUGGACCCUGCAAUCAAAGAGAAGGUCACCAAAACCAGUUGUGACAUUACUUUCAAGUUUGGCAAUGAGGGAGUUCUCCAUAGUAGCUAUGCAAUUGUUCUUCCGAUUGGUCGUCUCAAGUUGAAAGUAGCCAUUGUGAAGGGAGGUACCCCGUUUCUGUUGUCGAAUUCUCUGAUGAGAGCACUCCGAGCCAGGAUUGACUGCGAAAACCGUUGCCUCAUCAGCCCACUGCUGGAUUGUGAAGUUCCAUUAAAGCUCACUUCUCGGGGUUUGUUUCUCAUUGAUGUGAACAGCUUGGCAGUGGCAGCUAGGCCAACCUUGGAACAAUCCGUAGGUGAGCCCACGCAGAUUCAUCAGACCUUUGUGACCGUCCGCCAGAAGGAAAAGAUAGCAGGAUCAGUGCCAGUUCAGCAGGAUCAAUAUCAAUCACCAUCACCUCUUCAGGUGCCAUUUCCAUUCAGUGAAUCCAAGGGAGAGCCACAUGACACUCUCAACGUUCAUGCGACCCAACCUGAAACCAUGGUAGCUGUGCUGAAGUCUCAAAGUCAUCCAAGUCCCAGUGAAUCCACCGAGUGUCCAACCCUUCCGGCCGUAGACCAUGACCAGAAGGUGCAGUUCGGGCAGAAGCAUCUGGGACGCCCCUUUCAUCAAGUUUGGGAGGAAGAUCAAGAGUGGAUCUCGUUCAUAGCCAGCAAGUAUGCCGAGUCCACCAAGAUGUCUCACCGGUUGAUCGUUCGGUACAUAACUCUUCGUGUGGAACAACACGAACGCAGUCAAACACCGAUUCGUGUUGCCCCACCGGCCGAGUCCCAAGCUGCGUCCAGCCAGCUGCCCAUGAGUCUCCGUCCCGUUCCCAAGAUCAAGGCCAAGCCAAAGGCGGCCAGCCAGAUCCCUCACUCCGAGAUCGUGCAUUUGCCAGACAUGGAGGCAGAAGAGGAAGAGUGGAAUUUAGGGACGUACCAGAGUGGAUAUACGGAACCAACCCCCAUGAAUGCCGACAUGAUGGCCAUGCAGACUCGCAUGUUGCAUCUCGAGAAUGCAUUGACCCAAGUGAUCCAGCACAUGGAACACCAAGCGGGCAUCCAUCAGCCAGUGCCCGAGGACCAGGAAGGUGCAACAACUUGGAGGGUCAGCGUUCCGAUUCGGUUUGACACAGGGAGAUCACUGCCAGCGGAGGGUGAACCCGAGGGUCCCGAACUCCCCAGUGACCUUACUCAUAUCCAGAACCAAAUCGACAGAAUGAAUCAACUUCCCACGAUUGAUGAACAUGUCCCAUUGGAAAACAUUGAGGAGCCCAUCGAGUCACCAGCCCACAUGCCAGAACCAGCGGUGGCCCGAGAACGCCUUGGGAGCACAGCCGAAUCACUUGCACAGCCAGAUCAGGAGCCAGGAAUUAAUAGUCACCAGCCAUCCAUCAAUUCUCAAGAAUCUGGAUCCGAUUCAGAACAGACCACAGUUCAACUUUUGUGCAUCGAUGACGAUGAUGAAGUUUAUUUUUCAACUGAGCACCCUGAUUUUGCGUUUCGCUGUGAAUUCGAUGUGCCUGCUCAUGCCGUGCCCAAAGAUGCCAAUGCGGAGAGUGAUCAAGUUGCAUGGACUCUGCUGUCCAGCGGCAGUGCCAAACAACGCACCGAAGUAAAAAUGUCAGAACUCACCCCUCAAGAAAAGACUCUUUUUGAACAAGCCAAACAAAAGGAAAUUGACAAUUGGAUCCAAACCAAUACCAUCACCAAAGUUUUGAAGAAUCAGAUUCCACCCGAACAGGCGGCGUUUCUUCAGGGUCGACCACAAUCCGACCGCAUCGUGGGCUUAGAUCCAGUUCCAGAGCUGCGGCGAGCCAUGGGUAUGAGCCGUGCCCAGACCCGCGAUCGAAUCAAAUGGCUUAAGGUUGGAACCUUGAUCAAUCUUCGAACCAUAGGCUCUGGCUCAGGGCAGCAGGUUCGCGGGUGGGUGGGCUUAAGAGCGCCCUGCUCAAAGACAGGGAAGCGGUGGGCUGGACAACCUUCCGGUGCGAACGGUCCAAAAAGGGCCAUCAUGAUGCCGAGGGAUGAGGCACUUCCUCCCGUUCCUCCUGAUGCAGCGGAUGGACCAGUGAUUUCUGCCUCCCAAUUGCCCUGGGCGGCAAUUCCACGAUUCCAGCCAGGAAUCACCAAUGUCCAGGAGUAUGUGAAGAAGCUAGAGUUCUUGGCGGCUAUGUGGCCGAUUGAAUACCUAGACCUUUUAGCACCUCGUGCUGCGCUUUUGGUGGAGGGGUCAGCCUUUGCAGCCAUCUCCAAACUGGAUGCGCAGAAGCUCAAGGUGAAGAGCUUGGAUGGAAUCAAGACCCUUGUGAAUGCCAUUGGAGGCAGCUGGGGUGCAACGGACUUUCAGGAGCGUUUCGAGUACUUCGAGCGCGCAUUGUACGGCACCAUCCAAAAGCAAGAUGAGUCCAAUGACAGCUUCAUUGCCAGAAUGGAGGCGGUGUUCUCAGAGCUUUUGAGUCGAAAGACUUCCUUGGAAGAGAUCCAAGCAUAUGUCUUGCUGCGGCAAUCGACAUUGCCGGCCGAUGACAAGAAGCGUGUGCUCCUUGAAAAUCCUCAGCUGAGCUACCCACCAGUGAUGAAAGCUCUGAGGCUCCUCGGUUCCAAGUUCUUUCAAGAAGUACAAACUGGCAAAGCCACCCAGAAGACCAAGGUCUACGACACGAUGGUGACUGAGGAGGCUUCUGAUGGCAGUUGCAUGGUCUCGCAAUCGAUGCUAGCGGACGAUGACGAAGUCUCUUCCGAGUUCCUGGAAGCUUUGGUGUCUCAGGAUGAUCCAGAUGCAGUAGCUGUUCAGGCAUUUGAAACGGAGUUUGAGGACUUUGUCCAGGACACCCCUGAUAUGCAGGUGGCUCUGAUCUCCUACUUGGAGGCCCGCCAACGCCUUCAAGACAAGCGACGUGGCCGUGGUUUCUGGCCUGCCCAUGGAACUGGCAAAUCCAAGGGCAAGUCCAAGUUCAACAAGGGUUCCUUCAAGGGCCAACAUCAGGGUCGACAGAACCUGCUGGCCAAGAUCGCGAAGUCCAGAUGCAGGAAUUGCAAUCAACUUGGCCAUUGGAAAGCCGAGUGCCCUAUGAAAGAUCGUGAUUCUUCCACGGCUCCCUCAACUUCCCAUCCUCCUGCGGCAGCGGCCAACUUGGUGGAGUCGGAGCUGCGUGAAGCCGGUGGGACGAUGGAUGAUGCCGAGAUCUUCACUGAUGCUGACUUGAUGAAGGUGCACCGUGAUUUCUUUGACGUCUCACCUUGUGUACAGGAAUGUUUCAUGUCAGUUCACUUUUCCUGGAACAACCCCCAAAAUAAGACAAAGUUAAGUAAUUCCAUGAAAAGACUGAAUGCCGUCCAGCGACAGCCCAUGAGCCAUUCGUACAACCAGUGUUUCAUGCCCUCUGCUCCCGCAGAGUGUAACCGUGUACAGUUUUGGCAUCCGAAACAUGUCAUGCAGCCUGCCAGGACUGAGAAGAUGGAAUAUCUCCCUGAGAUGUCUGCCUUGCACUCCAGUGAAGCAAAGCCUGCCCAUGCCAUCCUGGAUACUGGUGCCAGCCGUUGUAUCAUAGGAACCCAGCCUUUGAGCCGUCUUUUGCAGCGUUUGCCAUCCGACGUUAGAUCCACAGUUCAGCGGCGUGAAAGCAAGAUCAAGUUCAGAUUCGGUAACAACCAAACCCUGACAAGCAUGUACCGGGUUUUGCUGCCACUUUAUGGUCCAAAUUGUGAAAAGGUGUGGCUGGGUGUGGAAGUCGUUGAAGGCACAACGCCAUUUUUGUUUUCCAAGAGAGCCUUCAAGCAGUUAGGUUUGUAUCUCAUUGACAUAAUGUCGAAUCGCGAAGCUGCAAUUCACAUGCUGAAGGAGACGGCCAACACCAUCAUGGGGACUUUGACUCUUGUCCUCCAGGUGUCAAUGAGCAUGAUCGAGAUUCGCAAUCCCGAUGCAGCCGAGGAGGAAACAAUGCCUCAACUGACCAAUCAGCUGCGUGCCAUGAAUCAAGAGAUGAUGCGCCAGCGUGCCCUUCUGCAACAACUGGCCGAGAAUCAGAAUGCUCAGAUUCCUGGAAGUGGAAGCCUUCCACUCCGUCAGUUGCCGUUGCCGGAGCCCGUGAUUGGCACCCAAGAUGUACAAGCCAUGCCAGUUUCGGCAACACUGAGCGACGAAGACGAUUUGGACAACUUCUCCAUGGUGUCCUCCUUGAAAGGUCCAAAGAACAGCCAAGCCCUUCGGCACCCAGCCAAGGAAGCUCGGAAAACCAGUCAGGGAGCUCCAUCGAACCAUCAUCAAGUGCCCAUGUCACCACCACCACCAGUCGAGACUGUGGAGAUCUAUGGAAACAGCAAUGCUUUGGUGGAACAGUCAGCUCUGAGGCUGACCUUGGCCGAAUGGGGUCAAAGGAAGAUCUCAUGGGGUCGCAAACACCCUGGCCGAACGUACUACCAAGUGCUGAGCGAGGACAUGGGGUAUUUCGAGUGGAGCCUGUCCAGGUACAACUCCCUUCCAGCUCCUCAACAAGAUUUCGUAGAUUUCUGCCGAGCCCAACUGGAAGCGAGUGCUGCUCAGGAUGGUGAUCUGGCAACACCCUCUGGCCGUCGCCGCCUUUGGGAACUGAUUGAUGAAAUUGAGCCGGACCACAUUUUUGCACUAGCGCAAGCCUUGUGUGCAACCCAUUUGGCUGCCGUCCAAGAAGCCUUUGCAAAUGAUGAAGAACCACCAGCCAAAAGGAAAUUGACCACCAUGCUGUUGAAUCCAACUCGCAAGUUCGAGCAGUCGAACAAUCCCAAAGCAUGCCGAAAUCCACCGAGAUGUGUGAAGGACAUGCUCACCAGACUUGAUACCGACCACAGAAUGGAGAACAUGUCUCAGUUCGAUGAAAUGCUAAUGUUAUGCUGCCAAUCCAAGAAUGCACUGGCCAAACAUCGCGGAUACUCACCAGAGCAGAUUGUCCUUGGUAAGGCGACACGCCUUCCAGCUUCGUUGAGUAGUGAUGACUCUACUGCCGCUCACAGCCUUGCAUUAGGUGAUGAUCUGGACUGUGACAGAUUUCGAAGUCUCCUUGAGAAAAGAACCAAAGCUCGACAGGCAUUUAUCCUUGCUGACAAUGCUGAGUCCUUGCGUAGGGCGACUUUGAGACAGUCAAGACCCACCCGUGGGCCAUACAUGCCAGGCCAACUUGUGUUGUAUUGGACCAAACGGUCCGUGCCUAAUCGAAGCGAGUCCGGUAGAUGGCAUGGACCUGCUCGUGUCAUUGUUCAGGAGGGUUCCUCCAUUGUGUGGCUCUCACAUGCCAAUCGGCUGAUCCGAAGAGCACCCGAGAGCCUUCGUCCAGCGUCGCUUAGAGAAUGGAAUGCCUCGCAGGAUCAGAAUCCAAAUAGUGAGUGUGCCAUUCGUGACAACAUGCAUCACAUGCCAAUUCCCCAGAACUCCCCAUCAAUUGUGAAUAAUCAAGUUCCCCCUGAUGAUGAUCCAUACUCCCCCAGUAUCUUGGACAAUAAUGAGGUUCCACCAGAUCAUGUAUCCGAACAACCAGAACACGAAGCUUCUCAUCCACCCACCAUUGACUCAGAAGAAGAAACUCCAACAGCUGCCACCGAUGAGACCGAAACAGAAUUUCAAGAAGAUGGAUUGUUACUCCAGAUGAUAAACCUAACCAACCAUGAAGAUGCUGACCCUGAACAACCUGCUGAAGAAGCUCUCCAUGUGUUUGAUACGUUUUAUCCUGCGCAAGAUGCUACAGCCAACGAAACCAUUUGUCUCGCUGAAGAUGGCAUGCCAUACAUUGAUUCUCCCCUGGAUUGUAACACCGAAGAAUGCUUUGUACUUGAAAUACCCAUGAAAUCUGAAGAUGUACUGGCUUGGAAUCAAGAGGUCAAUCCUAGCGAAAUGAUAUGUGUUGCAGCAGCUGGACAAAGAGCGAGAUCGGAAGUCCAAGUCAAAUACCUUACUGACAGUGAACGAAAACUUUUCGACAUUGCAAAGGACAAUGAAUUGUCCUGCUGGAUUUCCACGAAUGCUUUGCGUCCCAUUCUUCGUAAAUCUUUGAACCCAGACCAAAUUUUGAGAUCUCGCUGGGUUCUGACCUGGAAGAAUGUUGAAGCGAAUGACCAAGCACCUGCUCACAAGAAAGCAAAGGCCCGACUGGUUGUCUUAGGCUACCAAGAUCCUCAAUUAACUUCUGUGGCGCGUGACAGUCCAACAUUGACCAAAGAAGGUCGCAACACCAUUUUGCAACUGGUUGCUUCGUGCCAAUGGGAUCUCAUUAGCCUGGACAUUAAAACUGCCUUUCUCCGUGGAAAAGCUGAUGAACAGAAUCCACUAGCUAUGGAGCCACCAGAUGAAUUGCGUAAGAAACUUCAGUUGAGUAAAGAUCAAGUGUGUGCUUUGGUUGGCAAUGCUUAUGGUCGUGUUGACGCUCCAUUAUUGUUCUACAAAGAACUUUCCAAACAGUUGAAGACACUAAAUUUCCGCACACAUCCUCUUGAACCAUGUGUAUUCAUUUUGGAAUCUGGAGAGGGCUCUCAGCGAAAACUUCACGGUGCUCUUGGCGUCCAUGUGGAUGACGGUGUGGGAGGGGGUGAUGAAUAUUUUCAUCAACAGAUUCAAGCACUUUCCAAAGUUCUUCCAUUCGGUAGUUUCAAGACUCGGAAAUUUGUAUUUACCGGUAUUGAACUUGAACAACUCCCAGACUGCAGUAUCCGUGCCUCGCAAGCUGACUAUGUUCAUCGCAUUUUGCCCAUCGACAUCGGAAAACCUCGUAGAGAACAGAUUUCCAGUCCUGUAACUGACUCCGAAAAAUCCAAGUUGCGCGGCUUGAUAGGCAGCCUUCAAUAUGCUGUGACCCACACCCGUCCUGACUUGGCUGCCAGACUUGGAGAGGUCCAGACUGAUAUGUCGAGCCCUACGGUCCAAACUUUGAUGCAGUGCAACAAGGUGCUUCGUGAAGCUCAGGAACACUCAGAUGUCCAAAUCUGUUUCAGAAGUAUCCCCAUGUCCCAAGUUACUCAUGUGUCGUUUGGUGAUGCCUCCUUUGCUAGCCCAAAACAGCUCAAUUCCUUUCAAGGCCUACUCCAUGUCCCGAAGUGCAGAUAG